AUGAAAAUGGGGCUCUCCAAGUUUUCAUUACACUUAGUACACUCUAUGAUCAUCUUAACCCUGGCUCAUCUCUCCCAAGCCCAAAACUCCCAGAAGGACUUCCUUGAUGCACACAAUAAGGCUAGGGCACAAGUCGGGGUCCGACCUCUAGUAUGGAACGACACAGUAUCGGCCUACGCUCAAAACUACGCUAACAAGAGGAUUGGUGAUUGCAACUUGGAGCAUUCAGAAGGGCCUUAUGGUGAGAACAUUGCAGAGGGAUAUGGCGAUUUAAAGGCAGCCGACGCAGUGAGCAUGUGGGUGGGGGAGAAGUCAUGCUAUGAUUACAGUUCUAAUUCAUGUGUUGGUGGAGAGUGCUUGCACUAUACUCAAGUUGUUUGGGCAGAUUCUGUUCAUCUUGGGUGUGCUAGGGUUCAAUGUCAUAAUGGGUGGGUGUUUGUGACUUGUAACUAUGAUCCUCCAGGGAAUUAUGAAGGACAACGCCCUUACUAA